AAAAAUAAAAUAAAACCCCGACUUCGUUUUUCCUUUCGCCACCGUCCGCUCUCCCUUCCUCUUUCGUUCCCCCGUCCCCCCUCCUCUCUACCCGAAGCUCCAUGGCGGACCUCCAACCGCAGGACGCGCCCACCAACGGCGCCGUUUCCUCCGCCGCCACCGCUGGCGAAACCUUCGUCCCGGGCUCCAAGCGGCAGCGUCGCCCCAGCGUCCGUCUCGGUGACAUCGGCCAGCAGCCCGCGGCCAUCUCUUCCGAGCCCCACCUCCGCCGCGGCAAGCAGUGGAAGAUCUCCUCCUCCUUAGUCGGCGAUCACCCCCGCCACCCCCUGCCGUCCAAGGACCCCUCGAAGCCCCCCUCCAAGAGCCGUCCGCUUACCACCCUCGGCCCCGACGACCCUCGCGAUGCCCCCGACCUUCCCCUGCCACCCUUCUCCUCCUGCGCUGCCGUCGAGGACAGGGUCGUCCUCCCUGUCGACGAGAUCCUGGAGCCCGUCGGCGUCACGAUCCGGCGGGGGGUCCGGGACGCCAAGGCUCGGCGGGCCGUCGCAAGACGGGCGAGGUCGGGCUGGACCUCCAAGGUCGACGAGGGCACGGACGCCGCCGACCUAAAAUCGAGCGGCGGGGAGGACGCCGGAGACGAAGGGUACCGGGAGUUUGACGACCUCCGGAUUGAGGACUCCGAGAGCCCGAGGGCGGUGGCGGGGGUUAGGGUUUCGGACAGCAGGGAUAUAGGUCCGGCCACUGAUGCUGUGGAAGAGGAUUUGCCGUCGGAGACCGACGGUGGGGAUUGGGACAAUCAGAAUGGACGGUGCGGAUCGCACGAGGACGGCGAGAUCCGGUCGUGGCUGAACCGGCUUGGGCUGAGCCGGUAUGCACCGGUGUUCGAGAUCCAUGAGGUGGAUGAUGAGGUGCUACCUUACCUGACUCUUGAAGAUCUGAAGGACAUGGGGAUCAAUGCGGUGGGGUCGAGAAGGAAGAUGUACUGCGCCAUCCAAAAGCUCAAGAAGGGCUUCCUGUGAGAGUUUCUGUCAGGAAUGAUGUUGAAAGGGAAAAAGAAAGAAGUUUUGAAACUGGUGGUGAACAUGGGAAUUGCGAAUCUGAAAUGGAUACUCUUGAUGGUAUGCUCAUCAAAAUGGCCUUCAGAGAGAAUUACAUGCAGGGAACCAUGCUUGUUCUGAUGCUGGUGGUUCCGUGCUGUUUAGGAUCUCGCAAUACUUGUAGCCGGGUCCAGCUUAUAGUUUGUGCUUUCUACUUUGGUCCAUGAAGUCGAUAGAUCUGCUUUAUUUACAUCUUUUAUUUGGAUCAUUGAGUUUGGCCUGGGUUUUUCUCCUUGUCUAUUUUGUGGACACUGAUAUCUAACUGGUGUUAUCUCAAUGCUGUACAGGGGAUCGAUCUUUGACGACGCUUUUGUGUGUCUCUGUUCGAUCUUCAUCUUUUGUUCAUGUAUGUUUAAACUGGAACCUGGUUGCUGUUGAACGUCUGGCACAUGGCUUCUGCUCCUAGUACAGCAGUUGUCGAAGUCUUAUAAAAUCCAAAGCUGGUUUGUUGACUUUGUUUUAUGAGACGUGCGUUGCAUUCCAUGAUUAGCAUAAGCAGUGCUGCUUGUGUGGUUACCGUUUGUAGUUUCUCCUACUGACUCUUAUUUUAGUUGCGUGUAUCCAGUGA